AUGGGAGAAGCAAAGCAAGGAGCUUGCGGUACUGGUGCAAAAAAAGGGGGCGGUUAUGGUGUAGAAGGUGCAGAUGGCAUUGUAAAUGCAUCAGGUGCUGGAGGCUCCGGUGGCAAAUCAAGUGGGUACAGCGGAAAUUUCAACGAAAGAAGCAGUUACAUGAUGCUAGGAGGAGCUGGUACAGGAGCAGGUACCUAUGCGACGGGAAGCGGAGGUGGUGCUGCUGGUGCUACCUCUGCCGGCUCCAGUGGUUAUAAAGGAAACUUUAAUGAAAGAAGUAGCUAUGUGAUGUUGGGGGGAACUGGUGCGGAAGCGGGCACCUAUUCCCAAAACGGCAGAGGCGGUGCUGCAACCGGUACCUCUACUGGUUCUAGUGGUUAUAAAGGAAACUUAAAUGAAAGAAGCAGUUACGUGAUGUUGGGAGGCGCCGGUGCAGGGGCAGGUACCUAUGCCACAGGAGGCGGGGGUGGUGCCUCUACUGGUUCCAGCGGCUAUAAAGGGAACUUUAAUGAAAAGAGCAGCUAUGUGAUGCUGGGAGGGGCCGGUGCAGGGGCAGGUACCUAUGCCACAGGAAGCGGGAGUGGUGCUGCUAGUGGUACCUCUACUGGUUUCAGUGGUUAUAAAGGAAGCUUAAACGAAAGGAAAAGCGACAUGGUGCCGGGAGAAGCCAGUGUAGAAGCAGACACCCAUGUCACAGGGAGCGGGGGUGGCACUGCUAGCGGUAAUACUACCGGUUCCAGUGGUUAUAGAGCGAAUUCUAAUGAAAAAAGCAGGUAUUUCGCGGCUGGAAUAGAUAAAGGUACAGACGGUGUAAUUGUUCCUUCGAUUCUGCAGGAAUCUGAUAACGAUACGUACUUCACGCUGCCAUCCGCAAACCGCAGUAAAGCAAAAGGCGCUGGUAAGGUUGCAUCCGCCCCGAAAGGUAUCUCAAAUGAGCGAAGUAGCUACUUUGUACUGGGGCAAGGGCCUCAAAGUACUGCGCCGAGUAGUGCCGGCGUUGGUACUGCUAAAAAAGAUGGAAGUACCAACAUUACUGCGCAAAAUGCUACUAAGCCUGUCGCUACUCGUGCAUCUGGUAAAACGGCUUACGGGCCCGGGACUUACUUGGCACAAAGUAUGAACAAAGAUCGAAGCCUUUAUCUUGGGCCAGCAGCGCUUGGAGUCAACGCAGUGGGAGCUGCAAAUCAGAAAAAAGGCGCUGGAUCAAAAGGCACCAAAAAUGCAGCUUCCAAUGCUCAAAGCGUAUACCUUCUACCUGGUGGCAUAGCAUCCGCUGCACGGAACGAUGAAAGUCUGGAAGACAUGCAGAUGACGAAUAUUAAUUCAUAUAAGUCCAUCGGCUCUGGGCUGGAAAAUGAGCAGACGCUGUCGGACCAAAAAGUCAAGCAUAAAGUCACCGGAAAGUGA